AUGCACAGACGCUCGUCGGGCUCCCCUGUCGAGGACGAAGAUUCCUCGGUCCCCCGACCAGACGAUGGCCCGAACCCCAUCGACGAGAAAUCGCGCUCCCAGAUAGCCCAACGCGGCACCAGCUUUGACCUUCGCCGCGACGGCAGCGCAACGCCGCGCUCCCGGAACUCGAGCAUGUGGCGCACCCCGUCCUCACAGCCUUCCAACGACACCAAACCGAUGCCAUUGGGCUCGCCACGCCUCCCCAUGGAGGCUCCCUCGCCCGAUGGUCGCCGAGCGCGACAAUCUCGCCUGCGCAGUCCCUGGUCUUGUUCCAUCCUGACUGCAUUGACGACAUGCGUCGCCGUCGUGGUCUUGAUCUCCAUCGUCCAGUCCUUCGUCGGUCGGCAGGUGGGUGGAGAUGGGUGCGGCGUGCCGAUGAUGAGUCCCACGUUCAUUCGCAUGCUCGAAUUCGAUACCGAACACACCCGCUUCGCGAGCAAAUAUAAUCUCUUCGUCUACCGAGAGGAGGGCGUGGACCCCUACACCCAGGAUAACAUCGGGUUGAAUGGCGUCCCUGUUUUAUUCCUCCCCGGUAACGCCGGCAGUUAUCGGCAAGUGCGGUCUCUGGCGGCUGAGGCCUCGCGACAUUACUACGAUGUGGUGCGACAUGACGAGAGUCGCCAUGCAGCUGGGACACGGAGCUUGGAUUUUUUCAUGGUCGAUUUCAACGAAGAUAUGGCGGCGUUCCAUGGGCAGACGUUGUUGGAUCAGGCUGAAUAUGUCAACGAGGCGAUCUCGUACAUUCUAUCACUCUACCAUGACCCUCGGCGGACACGCCGAGACCCGGGCCUCCCAGAUCCCAGUGCCGUCGUUCUUAUCGGCCACUCUAUGGGUGGAAUAGUGGCUCGAACUGCUCUCACCAUGGCUAACUACCAGGCCAACUCGGUCAACAGCAUUAUCACGAUGUCUGCGCCCCACGCGAAGCCGCCCGUCUCCUUUGACUCGGAUAUAGUCCACACCUACAAACAGAUCAACGACUACUGGCGCGACGCCUACGCCCAGACUUGGGCGAACAACAACCCGUUAUGGCAUGUGACUCUCAUCUCCAUUGCGGGUGGUGCACGAGACACUGUGGUGCCCUCCGACUACGCCAGCAUCUCCUCCCUCGUACCCGAAACGCAUGGAUUCACCGUCUUCACAUCCUCGAUUCCCGAUGUGUGGAUCGGCAUGGACCACUUGUCGAUCACCUGGUGCGACCAGUUCCGCAAGGCAAUCAUCAAAUCCUUAUUCGAGAUCGUUGAUGCCAGACGCCCUACCCAAACGAAGCCCCGAGCCGAGCGGAUGCGAUUGCUGAAACGGUGGUACCUGACUGGUUUGGAGUCGGUGGCCGAGCGGACGCUGCCUCAGAAGGAAGCGAAUACUCUUUUGACUUUGGAGGACAAUGCGAACACGAUUCUCGCACAGGGCCAACGGCUGAUUUUGCGCGAACUGGGCUUACAGCAUGGCCCAGACGUGCGUCUCCUGCCGAUUCCUCCUCCGGGCGUAUCGGGCAAGAAGUUCACACUGCUCACAGACCAGUCCUUGGAUAAAAUCGGGAACGUCGAGGUCUUGUUUUGCAGCGUUUUCCCAUUGUCCAAUGGUCGCUCCACCAACUUCCCAUUGAACUUGGACUUCUCCGGAGGUACCGUUGGGUCCACUCGCUUAGCUUGCAAGAGUGCGGCUGAAGACAGUAUUCAUUUGCCUGCGUCUACCCGCUCAUCGAAGCAUGCUUAUGAUCGCAGCACGCCGUUCUCGUACCUUCAGUAUGACUUGGAGGCCCUUGCGGAGCACCAGUUUGUUGCUGUUGUGGACAAGGCCAAUGUCCCGACUUCUGGAUUCCUUGUUGCCGAGUUCUCAGACAGCUCCGAUUCCCUCAUCCGGGCCAAGGUUGGCUUGGGCGGGCUCUUGAGUGCUGGUCUGAAGGUGCGACUGCCAGCCAACCGACCUAUGUUGACCGAGGUGAAGAUCCCGGCUCUGCACUCAAGUCUCCUUGACUACCGGCUCAAGAUCACACGAGAUUCUCCAAAGCAGGAACUCUUCGCUCCAUUGCUUCGGCAAUCUGUCUCUGAUCCUCAUGAGUCCAAGUUCUUCGUUAAUGUGAACGAAGUGAAUGUCAACCUCCAUGGGAUGGCCCCCUUCAUGCCACCAGCGAUUAGCGAGCAGGCUGCCCUCGGUGGCGUGUCCUUCCAGCUGUGGACAGACCCAACCUCCGGCUCGACAGUCGACAUUUCGCUCCAAGUGGAUCUCACAAGCAGUCUUGGCGAGCUGGUGAUGCGCUAUCGAACCAUCUUUGCUGCAUUCCCUUUGCUUGUCGUUGCUCUUGUCCUCCGCAAGCAGUUCCAGAUUUACGAUGAGUCUGGCUACUUCAUUCCGUUCACCGAUGGCCUGGACCGUGCUUUGCGAUCGUCUUUCCCGCUCCUUUUGGUAGCCAUGUCGCUACUGGCAUCCUCCUUGGCAACCUCCAAGGCCUUACCUCAGACAGACGAGACGCUUCAUUGGAGAACGAACUCAACUGAGACUCCCAUCGACUUUACCAAGAACGAUCUAUUACUUGGAUCUCAAGACGCAUUCUUCUGGUUCCUUGUGCCAGUAUUUGGGCUCAUCAGCGUAGGCGUCUGUGUUCUUGUCAACUAUCUCGCUUUGGUGCUCGUGAACAUCUGCUCCUGGGUAUACGGGGCUUUACACAGCAAGUCAGGCUACAUUCGGCGCGAGGACCGGGGGAACCUUCCUAUCUUCAACACCCCGACACCUCGUCGGCGCAUCAUUCACACUGCGAUCCUCCUGAUUCUUGUAUCUACCGUCAUCCCCUACCAGUUCGCCUACAUGGUCGCUUGUAUUGUUCAACUGGCCACCUGCGUGAGGGCACAGUGGCAUGCCAAGGAGACAAGAUCCACCUCGCAUAUGAACUUUGGUAACUACGCACACUCCAUCCUCAUCCUCAUGCUGUGGAUAUUACCUAUCAAUGUGCUUGUUCUACUUGUGUGGGCCCACAACCUUGUUGUGCACUGGUUUAUGCCUUUCUCAUCCCACCACAACGUUCUAUCCAUCAUGCCCUUCCUCAUCCUCGUCGAGACCAUGACAAGUGGUGCUAUGAUCCCGCGCAUAACCUCCAGGCUCAAACACAUCACCUCAAUGCUGUUCUUCGUCAUCGCAAUCUACUCGGCGAUCUAUGGAGUUUCGUACGCGUACCUCCUCCACCACCUCGCCAACCUCCUCGCUGCCUGGUUCGUCGGUAUCUACCUGUUCGGCACCAACUUUUCCCCGCGCCGUUUAUGGCGCAUCAUCGAUGGCGACGAACCCCCUUCUGAAUCAGGGAAUAGUCACGUUAAGAAGAAGCCAUGA